AUAUAGCUUACUUGGCAGAAAUAUAGAUAUCUGUUGUCAAUGGAGCAAGCUAAUGAAGAUUUCCUCAUUAUACUUGGAAGGGAAUAUCCGUUUUUAUCCGAUAAGCAUGUGAAUGACUACUUUAUCAAAUGGUCUAUGAAAGGCAGGUUGAGUGUUGUUACAUUCACUUUUGACCAUAUGUUUGUACCAUAUAAAGCAGAUUCAUUUUUCACACGGUUUUUCAAUUCGCCUUCUGUGCAAAAUGCUCUCACUAUUCCCCGCACUAAAACUAUUGUCAAAAUUAACAGCGUAAAAUGUACGCUCACCAACCUGGAUGUUUUUCGUAAACUUUCAAGUGUGACACAUGAGUGCGGAAGAAUUAAAACACGUCUGGACGAUGUUUUCGAAACAAUCCUUAUUUCUGAUAAAUUAAGAGAGGCAAGUACCAUUCGUUUUUAUCGACCCACAGUGUUUGUUACUUGAAGAUUCAGACAGUUAUUAUAUUCUUACUGAAAAAGAUAGAGAAGAGUUCCUCGUUCGCCUGUUCAGACACAUUUGUAUUGGAGGUGAAAUAUGUCAACAAGAAGAUGAGAUUAAGCCAUACAUUGAUACUGUACGCAAAAUAUAUCGUGAUUUAAUAUGUGUACAGAAGAAUCCUGAUUCAAAAGCAAUCGAAAUUGUUUCGCAUGUUUACGAAGUUCGUGUGUAUGUAAGUGAAUUACCAGGCUUAAUUUUGAAAAAUAUACCUUUGAGCGCUUAAUUCAUUGUUAUCGCACGUUGGUUCGGUUCCUUCCACAUCAUUAACAACAUGACUUUAAAAAAAAGACAGUGUAAAACGGUUUCAAUACAUUUAUGAUGAACAAAAUAACAUGGUGUUUCCCUCACGUAAAGAACAUUUGAAUACGUUCGCUUAUGCAAUCGUGGAUCCUUUUAAGAGAAACGUUAUAAUUUUUUAUCAUGUUUUUGGAUGCGGGGAAUUUUCAUGAUGUAAUAUAGAAUACUGUGUCGAAAUAAACGUUUUUUUUAGA